AAUCUCGAAGGAAUUGGCGAUGUUGUUGUUCUCCAUUGUUUCCGAUUCUAGGGUUUGAGGGUGAGCUUGUCCCAGGCAUUCUUUGUCUCCGACUGAGCGUGACCAAGACACGCUAGUCGUAGUUGCUGUGUGUGAUCGAGUGCUAGCUUAGAAGGGGUCGCCAUGUUGAGGUCUCAGCAGCUGUUGCGGAGGACUGUGGCCCUUGCUCGGGCUGCUGCGGGGCGAGGAGCUGUGCGGUCGUUCGCAGGCAAGGCCGAGGCAGCGGAGCAGCAUGUGGAGGUGCCAUUGCCCAUGUAUGGAGUGGCUGGGAAGUACGCUUCGGCGUUGUAUGUGACCGCGGUGCGGAGCAAUGUGCUAGAUCCCGUGGAGACGGAGUUGCAGCAGGUGAUUGGGGCCGCAGAACAGAACCCCGUGUUCGCCGAUUUUCUCAAGGACCCCUCCGUGUCUAAGACGAUGCGCAUGAAGGCGAUGGAGGAGAUCUUCGGGCAGACGAAGUUUUCGGAUGUCACGAAGAAUUUUCUUGCAGUGUUGGCUGAGAACGGGAGGUUGUCCCAGUUGCAGCGGAUUUCGGGGUGCUACUCGGAGUUGUUGCACGCUCACCGGGGAGAGGUGCAAGCGCUUGUGACAGCCGCACUGGAGCUCAGUCCUGCGGAGCUUGAGGACAUCAAGAACGCAUUGAGGGGGUACUUGAAGCCCGGACAGACUUUGAAGGUAGAGCAGAAGGUGGACAGGAGCAUAAUUGGGGGAAUCGUAGUGGAUAUCCAGGACAAACACAUUGACCUUUCGAUUGACACGAAGAUCAAGCAGAUGGAGAAGCUCUUGGCGGAGGCCAUCUGAGGCAAAUCAUGGGAGUAGAUAAGUGAUGAUUAGAACAUGGAUUUGGCAUUGUGUUUUUGGCAUUUGAGCAGUUUCUUAUGCGCAAUGCGUGACCUGUUGAAUUAGAAAUGGCGAUUUCAAGAUACGUAAUUGAGAUGCGUCAUGUUACUCUCGACUUGUGCUGAUAGUACUUGAACAUUCUGGUUAUUGCGAUGGUGGGUCUCAGGGAUUAUCAAUAAAUGCACAGACACGAUUCUGGACCAAUAAAAACUUACGAGACUACCCGUGGAAGUCUUGAGAUGCA